AUGGCAACGCUCAUCUUUAUCGAUAAGGAGAACGGUGCAGUCGGUGCUGCUAAGAACCAGCUGAGACUCCCGUCUGCAUCUUCAAGAGUAUUAUCUGAAAGAACACAGGUUAACACUCCACUUCCUAAGAAAACAAUCGGCACAUCUCCAGCCACAGCUCACUCUGUCAGAAAGGCUCUUGGAAAUGUGAAUAGAACUGAAGGAGUCACAAACAAGACAGAAAAGAUGAAACAGAAGAAUCAGCCUUGCGCUGCAAACAAAACUACUGGAAAGACUGCUGGGUUAGAAAGCUGUGAUACAGUGGCUGAAGAAGACUGGCCAGAAAUAGAAAAUAUGUUUCCUUUUGAUCCCCGAGAUUUCGAGAGUUUUGAUCUUCCCGAGGAGGACAAAUUAAGCAAUAUCAACCUGUGUGGUGUUCCGCUCAUGGUGUUUGAAAGGACACGUGACAGACGUGUGAGCUUGGUUCCUUCACCUGUGAAGAUUGAGGAGACUUCCUGGGAGUCUAACUUGCUACAAUCAACUGCUGACUUCCUUGCUACCCUGAAUGAGAUCAUUGAUAUGCCAUCUCCAAAUUAUGACCUUUAA